CUCUGCAGUUACCAUGAUAUACGAACUCAUGGUCCCUUCACUGGAAUAUCUCCACAUAUGACCAAAUCAAAGCACCAAACUUUCUCACCCUAUAUCCGUGUUUAUACUUCAUUUCUGUAAUUCACUUUUUUGAAAGUUAGUUUCAUCUUUAAGAGAAAGUUGAUUUCUGUUUUUCCGUUUCUCUUCUAUUCUGUUGUCAGCUUCUCUAUCUCAACUAACCCACAUCACAAAACCGCCUUAUGACUGCAAAACCACGUGGUUUAUGGUUUUCAAUCUGACCCACAAUCAGUUUUCCGGCGAACCCAGAUGGAAAAAGAGCCUCUUCUUCCAUAUGUCAUCCCCAGAAAGCCCUACCCAUCACCACCACUACCACCACCAUCAGUCCUCUGUCCCCUCCCAGAGGACGAUGAAUUCUCUAUCCCUCUAACCCCAUCAGAAUUUAAAGACCGUAUCAUAUUUGGUCCCUAUUCAUCUUCUCCGAAAGACCCACCUCCAACAAAUCUUAUUGAUGCAUUAACCCUAUCUCUAAACUCUCCCAAAUCCUCCGCCUCCUCUGCUGACAUUUCCACAAACACUUCAGACGCACAAAACCAACAAUCUUGGUUGAUUGAUCCCAAUUACCCAUGCGCCAAAAGCAACCUCCACCGAUCGAAAACAGCACCGGCCAUGGCGACUAUCAAUGAUGUUGAGCACCACUCGGAGACGAAACCCCCUCAAUUUGCUUCUUCUUCUUCGAUUAUUCGUCAGGCUUUUCUUCUUCUGGUAGUUUAUUUAACGCUUGGUGUGAUUAUAUAUGCGUUUAAUCGUGAUAAUUUCGUGGCAAAAGAGACACACCCUGUUGUUGAUGCUUUGUAUUUUUGCAUUGUGACAAUGUGUACAAUUGGUUAUGGGGAUAUAACUCCAAAUAGCACUACAACAAAGUUGUUUUCAAUUAUGUUUGUGUUAGUGGGAUUUGGGUUUAUUGAUAUUUUGCUUUCUGGGAUGGUUAGUUAUGUGCUUGAUUUGCAAGAGAAUUAUCUUUUGAAGACUGUUAAGGUUGGGGGAGACCACAAUUCGCCCAAUUCAUAUAUAAUUGAUGUCAAGAAAGGGAGGAUGAGGAUUCGGAUGAAGGUGGCAUUGGCACUAGGGGUUGUGGUUCUUUGUAUUGGAGCCGGUGUGGGUGUUAUGCAUUUUGUUGAAGGGCUCGGAUGGUUGGAUUCAUUUUAUCUUUCUGUUAUGUCGGUUACCACGGUUGGGUAUGGUGAUAGGGCAUUUGGUUCCCUGUCCGGUCGGAUUUUUGCAUCAAUAUGGUUGCUUGUGUCAACACUUGCAGUUGCUCGGGCAUUUCUUUACUUGGCUGAGGCAAGAGUAGAUAAAAGGCAUCGGAGGAUGGCAAAAUGGGUGCUUGGUCAGGAUAUGACUGUCGCCCAGUUUCUUGCUGCUGACAUUGACAACAAUGGUUUUGUGAGUAAAGCCGAAUAUGUUAUAUACAAGCUCAAGGAGAUGGGAAAGGUCUCAGAGAAAGACGUCAUGCAGAUCUGCCAAAAGUUUGAUCGGCUAGACGCUGGCAAUUGUGGAAAAAUUACUCUCGCUGAUCUCAUGGAAAGUUAUCACUGAUAUGUUGAGAUGGACCACACAGAUUUAUUGUCAUGGUUUCCAUCGUGAGUUCAGCACACACGAUUUUUUUGUUUUAUCAAGAAAUGGAAGAAAAGGGCUUCUUUGUAUUAUUCAACUGUACGGGACCGGUGCUUUCAUAAACUGUCCGACCAGUUGGACCUUGUACAGAAGGAUCCUGACCAUCUGAUUGGUUUGCCAUCUCUUCAGUAUAAUGGUGCAAAGAACACAAGUCAGUCAUUUUUUCCUUUGUUUUGCCUGUCAAAAAAUAUAUAUAUAAUUAGUCUGGAAAUUUUGCUGCACACACUGUGAUUGUGCCCAUGUGAUUAGAUGGCUUGGAGUAGCAAAUUCUUGGGUGGAUUGAGAGGGUAUUGUAGUUCAUACAAACACAUUGCUGCAAAUUGUAUUCAUAGUUAUUCAUUUGCAAAUAUAUGGAGGUAAAUUAAAAAAAACUUCUUGAUCUUGUUU